GGGAACUUUUCCGCCUUUGCACGUCCGCAUGGCGGACUGAGGGCCCGGCGCCCCGGAAGCGCCCUGCACGCCCGGUUUGAAUGUGACCUGAGAAAACACGAAGAUGGCCCUUCACAGCACAAGAGCCUCGGCUCUCCUGGCCUGGGUGAACAGCCUGAAGCUGGAUGAUGCCGUCAGUUCGUUGUCUCAGCUCCAGGACUGCAGCGUCUUCCUCAGGAUCAUCAGCAAAAUCCAUGGCACAGAAGAGGGGCAGGCUGCCCUGCAGCAGAGUGUCCCUGAGCGGGUGGCCCAUGUCAUUGGCUUCCUCGAAAAACUUUGCAAGCACAAAUCCGCCUCACAGAGCCUGGUGUCUGAGGAGAAGCUUUUAGCAGCCAAAGAGCUGGAAUUAGCCAAGGUGCUUAUGUUGCUGCUUUACUAUGCUUCCAUGAGUGAUAAGAUUCCUCGGGAGUGGACCACGCUCGAAUACGACCUCCAGGCGGAGAUCGCCAAGUUCCUGGACUUCAUGCUCUACAACGAGGAUUGUCUCAGCGAGGACCUGGAGAACUUUCUCCAAAAUAAGAUGCCCCCAUCAUCAAGUACCUCCAGUGCCAGCUCAGAAGAGAGCACCCCACCAAAACAAGGGGUCCCCUUCUUGAAAUUACACAAGAUUGCGUCUUCUUCCAGCAUGAAUAAGUUGCUCCCUGGCUCCUCCACUUCCCCCAUAGGGGAGAUCAUGCAGACCCCCCAGUUUCAGAUGAGGAGGCUGAAGAAGCUGCUGGAAGCUGAGCGAGAGAACCGUGACGAGCUGGAGCAUGAACUGGCAGAGAAUCGAAAGCUCAUCGAUGAGAAAGACACGCGCAUCCUGAUGAUGAAGCAGCGGAUUGACCGCCUAACUCUGCUCCAGGAGCGACAGGCGGCUGAUCAGCGGGAGCCCAAGGAGGUGGAAGAGCUCCGAGAAAAGAACGAAAGCCUCCUCAUGCGCCUGCACGAGACGCUGAAGCAGUGCCAAGAUCUGAAAACAGAAAAGGGGCAGAUGGACCGGAAGAUCAGCCAGCUCUCUGAGGAGAACGGGGACCUCGCCUUCCGACUCCGGGAAUUUGCUCGCACCUUGACAGAGAUGCAAGAAGCCACGAACGAGAUGUGUGAAGAGCACAGUGCGGCCCUGAAGGAAUGGGAGGAGCAGAGGAGCCGCCUGGAUGCAGAUCUGCACAGUGCCCUUAGUGAAAAGAGAUGCCUGGAAGAGAGAGCGGAGAUUCUGCAGGGGAAAAUCUCUCUGCUGGAGGAUCAGCUGGCUAAGCUGACCGAGACCAGUUCCCUGCCGGUGAAAGGAGAGGUCAUGGGCGACGUCUUAAAGCUCGAAGGCCUGAAUCAGCAAGUGGCGAGCCUCAGCAGCAAGCAGGCCGAACUGCAGGCAACUGUCCUUCGUCUUGAGGAAGAGAAGCGCCUUCUCGAGGCCAACCUCCAGGCAGAAAGGAGCAGCUUUGAAGCUGAGAAACUCCAGCUGACAGGCCUCCUGUCGGAGCUGCAGAAUUCCAGUGCUGAAAUUUCCCGAGCCAAGGAGAAACUGGAGCAGGACUGCCGGGCCCAAGAGGAAUGCUUGGUGGCUCAAGCCAACACCCUCACAGCAGAAAUUGCAAAGCUGACGGGCUUCCUUCGCCAGAGGGACGAGGAGCUGCUGGCUUUGCAUCAGCGGGCGGAAGCGGAGCGGAACCAGAGCAGCCAGUUGGCUGAAGACUGGCAGAAGAAGGAGCAGAUGUCCCGGGCGGCGGUCGAAGAACUGAGCCGCCAGGUGGAUCAGCUGAGCCACUCCCUGAAGCAGAGCAACGAGAAGGUGGCCCAGGUGGAAGCAGCCAGUCAGGAAGAGUACAACAGGAUAGCCCAGGAGAAGGAGCUGGCCGUGAGGCAGCUCCAGGAGAAGGAGGUAGAAGCGUCUUCCCUGGCAGAACGGCUGCAGGCUCUGGAGCAGGCCCGGAGCACUUUUGCUCUGGAGACCCAGCAGGAGAAAGCCGAGAUGAGUCAGAAGAUCCAGGCGCUGGAGGCUCGGGCUCUGGCCCUCGCCGCCCAGUGCCAGCAGAGCGAGGCCCACGUGGGAGCCAUUCCGGCCCUGAAAAGCCAGUUGCGAGAAGCUCAGCAGAAGCUGGCAGAGAAGGAGAAGCUGGCCAAGGAAAACACCCGCCUCCAGGAGCGGCUGAUGGUCCUCGAGGAGUCCGUCCGCAACACGGAAGGCAUCCUGGAGGACGAGAAGAGGCGGGCGGCGGAGUCUCUGGAGGGCAAUCUCCGGCAAAUAGCGGAGCUGGAGGAGCAGAUCCAGAAGCUGGCCAAGCACAAGGACCAGGCUGUGCAGGAAAUGGCCGAGGAGAAGGCCAAGAGGCAGGCUUUGGAGGGCCAAAUGCAGCGCCUGGAGGAUGAAUCCAGGAACAGGCUGGGAGAGCUCCAGCAUCAGCUGGCUGAGUUGUCUGCUGCCAAAAGGGAGCUGACCGAACCUGCUGGGCUAGAGCAGACCACCAGAGUCCUUGGCGUGGGCCAGGAGCAGGCGGGCCAGAAGAAGCUGGAGCUGGAAGCCCAGCUGAAAAGUCUCACUGCCCAGCACCAAGAAGCCCUGGCUGCUCUCCAUGCCAGGCUGUCUCGUGCUGUGACCCAGGCCAAGGAGAAGGCCGACUCGGAAGAGAAGCUCCAAGCUGAGGUGGCCGCUCUGCAAGAGAAGAUGGCUGCGGCACGCCAGGAGGCAGCCAGGGAUGUGGCCCAGGUGAAGAAAGACGGGCACAAGGCAGCCCAGGCCCUGGAAGCGGCCACUCGAAGCCUGGCUGAAGAGAGACUCAGGAGAGAUGAGCUGGAAGCCAGAGUGAAGCAGCUGGGGGAGCAGAGCAGCAGAGACCUGACCGCUGCAGAGUCCGGCUUGUCCAGCCUCCGGUCCGCUCUGGGGGAGAAAGAGCAGGAGGUGGACCGGUUCGCUGCCCAGGUGAAGGCGCUGAAGGCCACGCUGGAGCAGGCCGUGCAGCAGCAGAAACGUGAGCUGGCCCGGCGGGAGGAGGAGGCCCGGCGGCUGGCCGGGGAGGAGGAACGGGCCAGGGCCGAGCUGGCGACAGAGAAGGCCCAGAAGGCGGCCCUUGAGGUGCAGCUGCAGAACGCCACGAACGAGCACCGGGUGGAGGUCUCGGGCCUGCAGGAGGAGGUGGCCAGGGCCCAGGAUUUGGUGGGGGAGAAGGAGAGGGAGCUGGAGGAACUGCGGCUGAAGAACGUCUCCCGCUGCGAGGAGCUGCGGGACCUGCAGAAGACAGUGAGCAAGCUGAAAGGGGAACUGGCCUCGGUGGAGGCCCUGAAGGAGAGGGAAGCCAAGAUGGAGGGCGAGCUGCAGGGGUUCCUGGAGGUGGCCAGGACCCGGGAAGCAGAGAUCGACGGCAUGAAGGCCGCGAUCCUCUCCAAGGACGCAUCGCUCAGAGGCCUGGAGGAGCAGAGGCGCCGCUGGGACGAGGAGCGUGCCUCCCUCCGGCAGCUGCGUGAGAAGCAGCUGCAGGACGGCGAAGUGCUCCGCAGGCAGGUCGGCAAGCUGGAGAAGCAAUGCAGGGAGCAGCAGAGCACCGUCGCCAAGCUGGAGAGGGUGGCGGCGGCCUCCAAGGAGCAGCAGCAGGCGGAGGCGGAAGUGCUGAAGCGGGAGGCGGGGCAGCAGAAGCAGAGGGCCUCCGAGCUGGAGAGGCUCCUGGAGGCCUCCACGGCCACCCUGGAGACCUUGAAGAGGGAGCUCCUCGACGCCAGGGAGGAGCUGGCCCGGAGCAGGGAGGCCAUGUCGGGAGCGGAGGAAGAGCUGGCGUCCCUGCGUGCCUCGGCUCAGGAGAAGGACCGAUUGGAGGAGAGCUGGAAGGAGCAAGUGUCCCGGUACCGCCAGGAGGCCGAGAGGAAGGCCAGCCACAUCGGCAGCUUAGAGCAGGACCGGUCCAUUCUGCGCAGGCAGCUGCUGGAGAAGGAGGCCGAGGGCAAGGACCUGCGGCGCCUGGUCAUGGCGGAGUCCGAGAAGAGCAAGAAGCUGGAGGAGAGGCUGAGGCUGCUCCAGUCCGAGAUGGCCACUGCGGCGGCCCGAGCGGUGGAGAGGUGCUCGGCUAUGAAGGCAGAGGCCCAGGGCUCCCAGGAGCAGGCCGAGAAGCUGAGGCUGUCCGUGGAGGCCCUGAAGAAGGAGCUGAAUGUGCUCUCCAGGCGGGAGGAGGACCUCUGCAAAGAGCUCAAGUCCUGGCAGGAGAAGACUUUCCAGAAGGAGCAGCUGCUCACAGGUCAGCAACAGGAGCUGGCAGGCGCCCAGGCCCUGAUGGGAGAGCUGAUGCCCAUCAAGCGCUUGUACCAGCAGCUCCAGGCUGAGCAGGCCUCCCAGGCGGACAAGCAUCGAGCAGAGGUGGAGCAGCUGCAGAAGACCGCCGGGGCCCUGCAGGCGGAACUGAGCAGAGCCAAGCUGGAGCUGGCGGAGCUGCUCUCCGUAAAGGAGAGGGUCCUCAAACAGGAGCACAUUCUCCAGCAGCUUCAGGUGGAGAACAGCAGCUACGUGGAGCGCCUGGCCACCCUCCAGCAGGCUCACACGCAGCUGGCCGAGGAGAACAGGGAGCUGACGGAGAGAGCCAGUCGUGGGCGGCAGUGCCUGGAUCUGGAGCUGGCCCAGGCCAAGCAGAGGCACAUUCUGGAGUUGGAGGCUGCCAGGUUGGACUCUGAGAAGCUGGUGGCUGGGAGCAAGCGGGAGGCUGAGGAGGCCCAGAAGAAGCUGGAGGUGGUGGCUAAGAUGUACGAGGACACCAAGCACCAGCUGGUGGUUCAGGCAGAGAAGCUGGAGGCACAUCAGCGAGAGCAAGCUAAGCAGGUGGAUGAGCUGAAAGAAAAGCUGGCUCAACAAGAGAAGGCUGGCCAGGCCCAUCAGCAGAAAGCCCAGGCGCACAAAGAGGAGCUCCUGUCAGAGACGAGGCGGCUGAAGCAGGAGACGGCGGACCUUCAGGCUCAGCUGGCGCAGAAGGAGCAGGCCGCCGAGCACUACAAGGCUCAGAUGGAGAAGGCCAAGACGCACUACGAUGCCAAGAAGCAGCAGAACCAGGAGCUCUUGGAGAAGCUGAAAGGCCUGGAGCAGCUGGAGAAGGAGAACACCGAGCUGAGGGCAGAAUCGGAGCGCCUUGCCCAGGAGCUGCAGCGCACGGCUCGGCAGGCCACGGAGUCGGAGCUGGGCCUGAAGAGCCUCACCAGCCAGGUCCGGGUCCUGCAGGCGCAGCUGGACUUUGCAGACCGCCAGCUUCGAGAGCGGGGCAAGGUCCACGCGGCCCUGGAGACCUUCAGGCAGAGCUCAGCCGACAUCAGCACGGACAGCCUGGACCUGAGCACCAGUGACGAAGGGCAGCCACUUAACUCCACCAGCAGGAAGACCCGCCGUUCUCUGUCGGAAUCUGGGGCGGCGGAGUCGUCUAAGGCAUCGCAGCAGCUUCCCCGCAAGAUAGAGUCCUUGGAGAGCCUCUAUUUCACGCCAAUCCCCACCCGGGCACGGUCCAAGCUGGAGAACAGCAUUGGCUCCAUGGGCGACUCUGCCUUGGAUUCGGGACAGAAAGCUCUCUCUGGCCGCCGGCGCACCACACAGCUGAUCAACAUCACCAUGAUCAAAAAACACCCCAAGCCGGAAGCUCCAGACAGCACAAAUGAGUCCUUCGUCAGCCUGCAGUCCUCGGGGUCGGGGGACAGUGGCUGGAGCCAGGAGUCGGUCAAGACCCGCCUGCGCUCGGCGGCCGCAGCCUCCUCCACCCGCUCACUGGCGAGCCUCCCCUCCCAGGAGUCCCUCAGCAGGCUGAACGCCUCUCCCCCUGACGGCACGGCCGGCAACGCCGCACUGAAGAGCCUGCCUGGCUACCGUCCUGCAACCCGCAGUUCUCUGAGAAGCUCCCAAGCUGGGGGUGCCAGCACUGGCCGCAGCAGCUUCUACGCCGGCUCCUGCGAUGACGAGCCCGAGCAGCUGGAGGGCUGGAACCGCAUCGCCGAGCUCCAGCAGCGCAACCGGGUGUGUCCGCCUCACCUGAAGACUUGCUACCCCCUGGAGUCCCGGCCCUCUCAGCUGCUGACGGCCAUCACGGACGAAGAGAUGAUGAUGGGGGACCCCAAGGAGACGCUCCGGCGGGCCAGCAUGCUGCCCUCUCAGGUUGCCGAGGGCCCCAACACCCGCCGCAGCACACUGAGCGCCACUUGGGCCACAGGAGGGGUUGCCACGCGGCAGCAGCGGAAGCGCCUUUCAGACGAACCCCAGACAGGGCCAGGGACUCCUGAGCCCAAGAAAUCGGCUAGUUGCUUCCCCCGGCCGCAGACUCCCAAAGGGCGGACCGAGGAUCGCAAGCAUGGGGCCCUCCUGGGAGGCAAGAAGCGCAAAGCCCAGCCGGCAGACAAGCAGCCUGAGAGGCGUCAGUCGCUGGCGUUCAGCAUUCUGAACACACCGAAGAAACUGGGGAACAGCCUCUUGCGCCGUGGGGCCAAUCGGAAGGUGACUCCUAAAAGCUCCCCCCGAGGUGGCAGCCGGAGGUCUCCCAGGACAGCUGCGACUUCGAAGGGCAAGGCCAGCUCCAAGUCGCCGAAUUAACGCCCUGGUCUCCGGCUGCCGACUCCGCCACGCACCAUCCCUCCCUGGAGGAAGGGGAGCGAGGGGCCGAUGCUUCUCUGCCGCUGCCACCACCCGCGUCCCCCUGCAGCCUGUCUCCUGCCUGGAGGAGGCCCAGGAGCAGCACCUUCUCGCCCGGAGGCCCCUUCCGCCCCCACCCCGUCCCCGCAUGGGUGGAGAAGGGGUGGCCUCCUGUUCACAGCCUUCGUGAGCAUGUGUGCCUUCCUCUCCUUGCCCCUCUUGCCCUGGGGAAUUGGGGCACUCCCCAGACUAUGGCAGGCCCCGUCCCUGUGCCAGCCUUUGCCCCCGGAAUCGAGGUAUGAUUGGCCCACGGCCGGAAGCCCCGAAGUGCGUCCCAAAGAAAUCUCACCGGCCUUUUCUGCCAGCGGCCUCCUCGCACGAAGCUCGGCCUUUCCUACUGGCCGAGGAAGAGCCCCUUGUGCCAGGGGUUGGUGUCUCAAGGCCUUGGGGGGGCUCCUCCCUUGUGUUAAUGCUCCCCUUGCAGCGUUUCUCUUUCCUCUCGGCUCCCUGCGCUUCCGGGAAGGCUCAGCUGCCGGGCAAGAGAUGGGGCAGGGAGUGAAGGGGGUCCCUCUGCCGCGCCUGCUUCCUAGCAGUGCCAGCCUUGCCUGGGCGCUGGGAGAUCGUGCCCUCGCAGGGGAAGGGGGCCCUGCCACCAUUCCUUAGAGGAGGGGUGGGAAGGGCUUGGGCACACACCUCUCUUUCUCUGGCAGCUUUACUUAGCCACGUUGCUUUGUGUUGCGCUCUGCAGAGCCUGGGUUGGGGCUGGGGGGGUUCCAGGUCGGGGAGCCAUGGGGGCGCUGCCAGAAGCUCACCCAGAGCAGGUGGGUGGUGAGCCUUUCGCUGUCGGGGUCAGGAGUGACCCUGGGUGGGACAUCUGAUGGGGCGUGCUUCUGCGCCAGCCCCGUGGUCACAGCUGAGCAUCACCCAGAAGCCGCGGGGCUGCCCUCUUUGGGUCCGGGGGCUGGCGAAGGAGUGUUGCUAGCUGGGUGGGGGGUGGGCCCCAGGCCUGGAGGGAGGGCUUCUGCUGCUGCUCCUCCGCAGGAGAGCUCCCUGGCCCAGGCUGACGUGCUCUCCCCACACAGGGGCUGCCCGAGGGGCCCUGCCCUCCCUAUGGUGCCGGGGAGGCCCUGGCAGAGGAAGGCUCCCGGGCCGGGGUGGGGGGCACUGCCCAAGGGCCUCCCCUGCUUGCAACCCUCUACUACUCGCCUUCGUAGAGACUUUAGCAAUCAAAUGUGUCAUUUUAAAUAAUGUUUCUACUUGUAAAUAAACGGUAUUUUUCUCCCA